AUGUUUGUUUUCUUCUUAUUGAUAGGUGUUGUGAUUAGUAUCACACCAUUACCUGGAGGAGAAAGAGAUAUCAAUAACCUUGAUCAAUAUAAUAAUAAAUGUCGUAUGCAUAAUGUUCCUGGAUGUACUGCACCAGCAAUUAAUAUGAAAUCAGAUGGAACGUUAUAUCUAACUGACGCAUAUCCAGCACCUGAAAAUAUGAUUGAAAUUUGUAUUUCUGAACAUCCAGAAUUUGAUCCAAAUGUUACUCUUGGACAUAAAACUUGUUGUGAUCAAUAUUCUGUUUUAGAUUUAAAAGAACAAAGUACUCUUCUUGAUGGUUCAUUUGGUAAAUGUCCUGCAUGUUAUUUAAAUCAAAUGAAUUUAUGGUGUGGAUUUGCAUGUGAUCCAAACUCAGCAAGAUGGACUGAAAUUGAUGAUUUUAAACAUGAUAAUACUUGUAAUGAACCAGAUGGAAUUGAUGUCCCAAACACUGAAUUAUCUGGUGGUUUUGCAGUUAGGUCUUUAUACCCAACAUAUAAAGAAUUUUUCCAAAUGAUUUCUGAUGUUAAUCCAGUUAUGCCACUUCAUUUUGUUUAUGAUGAAACAGGAUAUAAUGGAAGUAAAUAUACUAAAAUGCAUAAGUGUAGUGAUAUGUGUUCAUGUCAAUCUUGUCAUGAAAUGUGUACAGAAUUUAUUGAAGAUGAACCUACUUUUAAAGAUUAUCCAUUCUUAGAUGGUACUUUAAAUAUUAUUACUAUUAUUUCUAUUCAUUUAUUUAUGAUAUUUAUUAUGGUUAUUAUUACUGUUUGUGGUGGAAUUCUUUCUUACAAAACAUUUACUCAAAUGAAAAAAUCUAAUCCAUCACUUCUUUAUAUCAGCUAUAUUUCUCUUGGAGCUGUUACAUUAUUAGGAAUUGGAUUUAUUAUUAUAGGAAUAAUCGUUGUUGGUUUCCCAAUGGAAGGAGUAAUAACGUCAAUGCCAUGGGGAGAUGGAAAUAUAUUAGGAAUGAUUUUAUUGUAUAUUGGAUUUGGGGUAUAUGUUAUUGGAUACAGUGUUUAUGAUUUAUACUAUUUUGUUAUUUAUACUCUUUAUAAUAAAACAGAAUCAGAAGGUAUUACAGACUCAGCAAAAAUAUCUAUUCUUGGACAAGAAGAAAAUUAUGAAGAAGACACUAAUAAAAUUGAUUUAACCGAUAAUUUCUUAUCUAAGGCUAUGUCUUGGUAUUCUAAAUUCUUAUGGAAAUUUAAAUGGAUUAUAUUAGCUGUUGUAGUAUUAUGUUGUAUUAUUUUAUGUGUUGGAAUUUAUAAAAUUGUAUUUAUUACAGAUUCAUUAGGACUUUGGGUACCAAAGAAUUGUCAAACAAUGAAAGAUAAAAAUUAUUACGAUGAAGCAUUUGGUCCUUUCUUUAGAAUUAAUCAAUUUAUGUUAUCUGAUAAAUUGCAUCCUGGUAAUCAAGUAUUAACACAACCAUUAAUUGUCCAAUUACAACAAAUGAUAGAUGAAAUUCGGUCUAUUCAUGUAGAAUGGACAGACAAAGAAACUGGAAUAACAAAAGAUAUUACAAUGGAUGAUAUGUGUUAUAAACCUGUUUUUGGAAAGGGUUGUAUUAUUACAUCAGUUACGGGUUAUUGGCAACAUGAUAUUAACAAAAUAAUGAACACUGAAAAUGUUACUCAAUACAUUCAAAAUUGUCUUGGUAAUCCAUUGGCUACUGGAUGUGCUGAUGAUAUUGGAUCACCUGUAGAUCCACAUAAUUCUCUUGGUAAUUAUACAGUUGGUGAUAAUAACGAUCCAAUGAAAGCAACAAUUCUCCAAGCUACAUUUAUGUUUAAUCAACCAAAUCAAACUGCUAUUGAAUGGGCAGAAUUAUGGGAAGAAAAAUAUUUAGAAAUUUUAGACAGAGAUUAUUCAUUAGUAAAAGUAGCAUAUCAAGCUCAACGCUCUGUAGAUGAUGAAAUUAAUAGAGAAACAUUUACAGAUGUAUUAACAGUUCUUUGUUCAUAUAUGGUUAUGUUUAUUUAUAUUUCUUUAUCAUUAGGAAAUUCAUUCUAUCAUUUUAAUUACAAGACUGUUUUUGUUAAAUCUAGAAUUUUAUUAGGUAUUCUGGGUAUUGUUAUUGUCUUAUUCUCAGUAUUUACCUCUGCUGGUUUCUUCUCUUGGAUUAAUGUAGAAGCAACAUUAAUUAUUACUGAAGUUAUUCCAUUCUUAGUUUUGGCAAUUGGAGUAGAUAAUAUUUUCAUUCUUACAAAUACUAUUGAUGAACAACCUAUGUACGAUAAAGACGGUCAGUAUGUUCCAGUAGAAAAACGACUUGAACAUUCUUUAAUGCAUGUUGGACCUUCAAUGAUGUUAGCUUCAAUAUCAGAAUCAUUAGCUUUCUUCCUUGGAUAUUUAACAAGUAUGCCAGCAGUUCAAUCAUUUUCAUUAUAUGCUGGUCUUGCUAUUUUCAUUGAUUUUAUAUUACAAAUAACUGUAUAUGCAGUGUUACUAUGUUAUGAUGUUAAGAGACAAGAGAGUCAUGGAUUAGAUUUUAUUCCUUGGUUACAAGUUCAUGACAAUUCCUUAGAUGAACAACAUGAUUUCGAAAGAGGAUCUCUUAUUAAACAUCUCUUUAAAUAUGUUGCUACAUUCUUGUCAUAUUAUCCAGUAAAGAUUAUUGGCUUAUUCUUCUUUAUUGCAUUCUUUAUCUUCUCUUUGAAUUAUGUCCCAAAAACUAUGCUUGGAUUACCUCAAGAAACUGCUCUUCCACAAGACUCAUAUAUCCAGGACUACUUUGUUGCAUUAACUUAUUUAGAAAUUGGUCCACCAGUGUAUAUUGUUGUAAGAGAUGGUGCAACUUAUUUGAAUGAAACAACUCAAAGUGCACUUUGUGCUUCAGAUAAUUUUGGGUGUGAUGCUUUGUCUAUUCCAAAUUAUUACGACGCUGCAAGAACAAUUGAUGGAACUACAUUUGAUUGGAUUGAUGACUAUUUCUCUUGGGCUGCUCAAAAAGAUUGCUGUAGGUUAGAUAAAGAAGGUAAAAUUUGUCCAUAUGAUAUGGCUAAUUAUACUGAAUGUACUCCUUGUUUCACUAACUUUACUGACAAAAAACGUCCUGUUCCAGAAGACUUCUACAAGUAUAUCAAUAGAUUUUUGACUGCAUCUAUUAAUGAAACAUUAUGUUCUGUCAACGGUCAAGCUUAUUACCCAGAUGUUGUUUGGAAUCAUAUUAAUGGUUCGAAAGAAACAGAUUACUCUUAUGUUAAUGUAUCUCGUUUAAGAUUAUACCAUACAGUUUUAGUUACUCAAGAUGAUUUUAUUGAUGCUAUGGUUCAAGCUUAUAAUAUUUCUGAUUAUAUGAAUUCUAUUUUUGAUGUUAAGACAUUCCCAUAUGCUUAUCAUUAUGUGUAUUUCCAACAAUACUUUAAUAUUGUUGAUCUUUGUGUUAUGGAUGUAUGUUUAGCAUUAGCAGCAGUCUUUAUUGUAGUUAUGUUAUUAAUGUUUGACCCAAUUGUAGCCAUAAUGAUAGUAUUGUGUGUGUUAAUGUGUGUAAUAGAUUUAAUUGGAAUAAUGUAUCUUUGGGGAGUAGAAUUAAAUGCUGUUUCAUGUGUUAACUUAGUUAUGUCUAUUGGUAUAACCAUUGAGUUCUGUGUCCAUAUUGCACAUGCCUUCUUAUCUUCACCAAAGAAGACAUUAAAUGAUAAAAUGAAAGACGCUGUAAUGAAUAUGGGUAAUAAUGUUUUUGUAGGUAUUACUUUAACUAAAUUCCUUGGAGUUAUUGUUCUUUCAUUAUCUUCGGGAUUAAUCUUUGUCAUUUAUUACUUCAGAAUGUAUUUCAUGAUGUUAAUCUUCGGUGCUUCACAUGGGCUUUUCUUCCUCCCAAUUCUUCUCUCUCUAAUUCCUUCUGUUUCACUUAGUCAUAUAACUGAUCCUUUCAAAAAGAUGUUUAGUAAAUGUAAUAAGAAGAAGAAUACUAAAAGAGAAUAUCAAAAUAUUGAAUGA